CACUGGUAGUACCCAAAAAAAGAAAAAAAAAAAAAAAUCCAAAACACUGGUCAACACAUUGGAGAAAAAGUGAUUUUACCAGUACUCUAUCCGGGAAAGGUUGCCUUUUCUAGGGUCUGCUGUCUUUCUGACUCAAAAACUGUGUCGAUCAAGCUCUCAUUUUUUCCAUCCAUGGCGGCUACACAUCUCUUCUCUCACUCCUCAUCUAUCUCCAAAACCCUAACUCACCCUCUUAAUCAAAACCCAUUUUCCAAUAUCCAGCUUCUAUCCCUCAAAUCAUCCCCUAAACCCUUGACUCUUAGAGCCGUCCUCUCCCAAAACCCCACCAAAGUAGCAGCCCAGAACCCCGGAACGACCCCAUUCAAGCAUUGCUUCACCAAAUCCUCAGAUGGGUUUCUCUACUGUGAGGGAGUUAAAAUUCAGGACGUCAUGGAGUCUACUGAGAGAAGACCUUUCUAUCUGUAUAGUAAGCCCCAGAUAACCAGGAAUGUCGAGGCCUAUAAGAGCGCAUUGGAAGGCUUGGAGUCCAUUAUUGGGUAUGCUAUAAAGGCCAAUAACAAUUUGAAGAUUUUGGAGCAUUUGAGGCAAAUGGGCUGCGGUGCUGUGCUGGUCAGUGGGAAUGAGUUGAAGUUAGCUCUUCGUGCGGGUUUUGAUCCUACCAGGUGUAUAUUUAAUGGUAACGGAAAAUUGUUGGAGGAUUUGGUUCUAGCUGCACAAGAAGGUGUAUUUAUCAAUAUUGAUAGUGAAUUCGACUUGGAAAAUAUUGUAGCUGCUGCUAGAAUUGCCGGAAAGAGGGUUAAUGUCCUACUUCGGAUCAACCCUGAUGUAGACCCUCAGGUUCAUGCAUACGUUGCCACCGGGAAUAAGAAUUCCAAAUUUGGUAUUAGAAAUGAGAAGCUGCAAUGGUUUCUUGAUGCUGUGAAAGCACAUCCUGAUGAGCUGAAGCUUGUUGGGGCUCACUGCCAUCUUGGAUCCACCAUUACCAAGGUGGACAUAUUCAGGGAUGCUGCAGUUCUUAUGGUUAACUAUAUUGAUGAAAUUCGAUCUCAAGGUUUUGAAAUUGAUUACUUAAACAUUGGCGGUGGACUUGGGAUAGAUUAUAAACAUUCUGGUGAUAUCCUUCCCACACCUAAAGAUCUCAUUAAUACUGUUCGAGAGUUGGUACUUUCAAGGAAUCUUAAGCUCAUCAUUGAACCUGGGAGAUCACUUAUUGCAAAUACUUGCUGCUUGGUUAAUCGGGUAACUGGUGUUAAGACUAAUGGAACAAAAAAUUUCAUUGUGAUUGAUGGGAGUAUGGCUGAACUUAUUCGUCCUAGUCUCUACGACGCUUAUCAGCACAUAGAGCUGGUUUCUCCAGCACCACCCGAUGCUGAGGUUGAAACUUUUGAUGUGGUGGGCCCUGUCUGUGAGUCUGCUGACUUCUUGGGAAAGGAAAGAAAGCUUCCAACUCCUGCCAAGGGGACUGGUCUGGUUGUUCAUGAUGCUGGUGCCUACUGCAUGAGCAUGGCAUCAACUUAUAAUCUCAAGAUGCGCCCUCCUGAAUAUUGGGUUGAAGAGGGUGGAUCCGUGGCCAAAAUCCGACACGGGGAGACAUUCGAAGAUCAUAUACGAUUUUUUGAGGGUCUUUGAUUGAUGAUGCUUAAAGAAUUUGGUGUACUGCUGAUAACUCAUUUCAUCAGUUAAUUAUCUGUUGCCAAAAUCUGACACCGGGAGACAUUCAAAGAUCAUAUACAAUUUUUCGAGGGUCUUUGAUUGAUGAUGCUUAGAGACUCUGGUGUACUGCUUAUAACUCAUUUCAUCAGUUAAUGAAACACUCUUUUCAUUUUUGGUUUA